CAAAAACUGUAUAGCACAAUUCAACAUGUUUCCAAAUUCUGAUACCAAACAAGAAGAAGAGAAAAAACAAUCAAAAUUCUUGAGAUAAUUCACAGAGAUUUCGAUUGCAUAUUAAAGCUCUAUAAUAGCUAGACUGUGAAAUGCUUUCCACAGCAGCAGAGGAAGAUCCUGAAGGAGGAAGCAGAGAAACUAAUAAUGGCGGCGAGACGACACCGGACAUGCAAUGGAGAUCGUGGAUUAUCCCAAUAGUAGUGAUUGCUAACGUCGUCGUUUUCGUUGUUGUAAUGUACUAUAAUGAUUGUCCUCACAAAAGCCAUCGAUGUCUUGCAAAGUUCCUCGGACGAUUCUCUUUUGAGUCUUUCAAGUCUAAUCCUCUUCUUGGUCCUUCUUCCUCUACGUUGGAGAAAAUGGGAGCUUUGGCGUGGGGGAAAAUAGUUCACAAGCGUCAAGUUUGGAGACUAUUAACAUGUAUGUGGUUGCACGCUGGCGUUAUUCAUUUGUUAGCAAACAUGUGUUGUGUUGCCUACAUUGGAGUUCGUCUCGAGCAGCAGUUUGGUUUUGUUCGAGUCGGGACGAUCUACCUUGUAUCGGGUUUCUGUGGGAGCAUAUUAUCUUGUUUGUUUCUUGAGGAUGCUAUAUCUGUUGGUGCCUCUAGUGCUUUGUUUGGACUCUUAGGAGCAAUGUUAUCUGAAUUGUUAAUCAACUGGACAACCUAUGACAACAAGGGUGUGGCUAUAGUAAUGCUUUUGGUGAUUGUUGGUGUUAACUUAGGAUUAGGAACACUUCCUCCUGUUGAUAAUUUUGCUCAUAUUGGAGGUUUCUUUGGUGGUUUUCUACUCGGUUUUCUUCUCUUGAUUCAUCCGCAGUUCGAAUGGGAAGAAAACCAAGUUUCUCUUAUGCCUGGUACCAUUGUUAAACCCAAGUACAACACUUGCCAACUCGUGCUUUGCAUAGUUGCAUCGAUCGUCUUUGUCGCAGGGUUUACUUCUGGAUUGGUGAUACUAUUCAGAGGAGAUAGCUUGAACAGAUAUUGUAAGUGGUGCCAUAAACUAAGCUACUCCUCUAAAUCCCAAUGGACAUGA